AGACGACUCUUUAGAAACGUGGGGAACACAUAAUGUGUGAAGAUGACUUCGAGUGAAACAUUCCCCACUCCUGACUUGUCCCACCUUACAGCUGAGGACUAUGAACACGUGUAUGAACCAGCUGAAGACACCUUCCUCCUCAUGGAUGCCCUGGAGAAGGAUGCUGGAUUCUUACGCUCCAUCACCCCUUCCAUCUGCUUGGAGGUGGGGUGUGGAUCCGGAGCUGUGAUCACCUUCCUGGGAUCCAUCCUCGGAUCUCGGUCACUCUACCUCUGCACCGAUCUCAACCCCCGCGCUGCGGAUUGCGCCGCCAGGACGGGGAAACAGAACAACGUCCCCGUCCAGCCGGUUUUGACUGACCUGGCUUCGGCGUUGUUGCCACGACUGCAGAACAAAGUAGACGUGAUGAUUUUUAACCCGCCGUACGUCGUGACCUCUUCUGAGGAAGUGGGGUCACACGGGAUCGAAGCAUCGUGGGCUGGAGGGGUCAAGGGUCGUGAGGUUAUGGAUCGCUUCUUUCCCCUGGUUCCCAAACUGUUGUCAGACAGGGGAGUGUUUUACCUGGUGACCAUUGAGCAGAACAAGGCAGAGGAGAUAGGACAUGAGAUGAGCACCUUCGGAUUUACCAUGGAUAAGGUUAUGAGUCGUAAGGCUGGCCCAGAAAAGCUAGCCAUUCUCAGGUUUUGUCCCUCCAAGAGAACUAUGUAAAAGAACUUUGCGGAAGAAGAAACUGAUAGGAAUAAUUUAGGUAAAGGUUGAAAUUAAAACGUUUUUAUAAUCCAAGGCUCUUUUAUUUCAAGUUAACUUAGCAGAAAAAUCUUAUA